CUCUAUAAAAGGACCUGCCGACCAGCUCUGCAGCUCUGGCACACUCCAUUACCAAGUUAUACACUUCUUCCACCCUCCACCUCCCGAGCCUCCUCUGCUCACUCCACCGAGCUGGCUAGCGACAAGUCCGAUGUCAUCGUCGGCGAUGCCGGCCUGUGCCUCGACGACGGCAAGGCGGCGGCCGUGAGCAGCAAGGCGGUGGUGGAGGAGCUGUACCGUGCUCUGGAGCGCGGCGACGUGGACGCCGUGCGCCGGCUGCUGAACCCGGACGUGGACUGGAGGUUCCACGGCCCGCGCGCGCACCAGCACCUGGUGCUCAUGCGCCUGCUCACCGGCGGCGCUGGCGCCGGCGGCCUCCCGUUCAAAAUCCGGUCCCUGGACGCGUUCGGACCCACCGUGCUGGCGGAGGGCACCGACGCGACGGGCGCGCUGUACUGGGUGCACGCGUGGACCGUGGGUUCCGGCGGCCGCGUCACCGAGGUGCGCGAGUACUGCAACACCGCGCUCGUCGUGACGAGGCUCGGUGGUGACGGCGACGCCGCCGCGGCGGCUGCGUCGGAGACGGCGAAGGCGGCGUGCUCGCAGUCUCAGUCGAAGCAGGUGUGGCAGAGCCGGCUGCCCGACCGGGCUCGCAGGAACCUCCCUGGCCUCGUGCUUGCCAUCUGAUCUGAAUAUCUGGUCAGAUGCGAAUCAUCGUGCCAUAUAUGCUUCCGAUUCUGAACUGGCUGUCUGGCUUCUACCGUGUGGACAGGAACCCUGCAUGUUUCCAAUGUGGUUACAGGGACAUGAAUGAAUCAAAUACCUUAAAAAAAAGUAAAAGAAUUCAAGUGAUACUUGUGUGAUGUGA